AUGGCUGCUAAAAGGCCCAACUUCCUCAUCAUCGUCGCUGAUGACAUGGGUUUUUCAGAUGCGGGAUGCUUCGGCUCCGAGAUUCGCACCCCCAACAUCGACAAGUUGGCAAAGGAUGGCAUCCGUCUCACAGGCUUCCAUGCUGCGGCCGCGUGCUCUCCGACAAGAGCAAUGAUCCUCACGGGUACGGACCAUCACAUUGCAGGCUUGGGCAACCUGAUUGAGUGGACGGAUUUCUCUGGACAAAACUUUCCCAAAGGGAGCAAAUAUUCGACUGCUCCGCAGAGAGGCAUGCCAGGCUACGAAGGGUACUUGAAUGCUCGAGUGGCUGCACUCCCCGAGGUCCUGAAAGAAGGAGGAUAUCACACUGUCAUGAGUGGGAAGUGGCAUCUAGGACUUACGAAAGAGCGAAGUCCUCAGGCCCGGGGGUUCGACCGAAGUCUAGCCCUCUUGCCGGCGUGCUCAAACCAUUAUGACUGGAGACCAGAGGCCGAUUUUCCAAAAUUCUUGGAGAAGAGCGUCAUUGCAUUGCACAUGGAGGACGACCACUAUGUCAAAGAUCUACCAGAGGGAUGGUACUCCAGCGACGGAUAUGGAAGCCGAAUGCUCCGCUAUCUGAAAGAGUGGAAAGAGGACAAGGAACUCUCCGAGAAACCCUUCUUCGCGUACUUCCCAUUCUCUGCCCCGCACUGGCCUCUACAGGCUCCCAAGGAAUACGUUGAUCACUAUCGGGGCGUUUACAGGGAAGGCCCAGAAGCCCUCCGUCAGGCACGGCUGAAGAAGCUGAUUGAACUAGGGAUGAUACCCAAAGAUGUCAAGCCCCAUCCAGUGGUUGCAGACGAAGUGCCUGGGUGGGACGAGAUGGACGACUUUCACAAGAAGGCAUCCUCUUGUUCAAUGGAAGCAUAUGCUGGUAUGGUCGAGUGCCUAGACCACAAUAUCGGCCGAGUUACGGACUAUCUGGAAUCAAUUGGCGAGUUGGACAAUACCUACAUUAUGUUCUUCUCGGACAAUGGUGCCGAAGGAGCUGCGUACGAAGCAUAUCCCAUGGUGGCUGGUGAGUUGAUGGAGCAUAUUGGCAAGUACUACAACAACUCCCUUGAGAAUAUUGGCAAUAAGGACAGUUUCGUCUGGUACGGCCCACGCUGGGCUCAAGCUGCCACUGCCCCGAGUCGACUGUACAAGGCAUACACGACCGAGGGAGGCGUUCGGGUGCCUUGUGUCAUUCGGUAUCCGCCGAUGCAUAAAGGCCGAGAAGGUGAAAUCACCGAUACUUUCGCAACAGUGAUGGACAUCGCACCCACGCUGCUUUCCCUGGCAGAUAUCAAACAUCCCUCACCUGAGUGGAAAGGCCGCCAGAUUGUACCCAUGCGUGGCAAGGAUAUGAUACCGUGGCUAAGCGGCAAGCAGGAUCAAGUCCACGAUCCUGGCGAGGCAUUUGGGUGGGAACUCUGUGGCAGGGCGGCGAUCCGUAAGGGAGCAUGGAAAGCCGACUUCAUCCCCUUCCCCAAGGGUAACUCGGCAUGGCAGCUGUACGAUCUUUCCAAGGAUCCCGGCGAGACGGAAGACCUGGCCACCAAGCACCCAGAGAUCCUGAAGGAAUUGCUAGACCUCUGGGAAACAUAUUGCGAAGAGACUGGCGUGGUGCCCUUACAACCAGAACUCGGUGCCCGGUUCCAUGAAGCGGUUGAGGCACAGAUGAAAGAGGGCGAAUGGAUCGAGUAUGAAUACUGGAAGCCCGGGGCAUUGGAGGAAAGCAGACGGCAAGAGUUUGUUAGGGAGAUCGCCAAGGUAAGUGAUCCCAGAAUCAAGGAGGCAGCUGGAGGACAACCUGUCAAUGUCGCGGGUGCAUGA